AUGUGGGAGUCUGAGCACCCACCGGCCGAACACAAAACAUCGCGCGGACCUUUGGCUCUGGCGGUGUGCCUCCUGGCCGUGCUGGUCGUGGUGCCCGACCAAGCGGCGCUGGCCGCCGACCUGCCCGUUCCUCCGGGCUCCUACUUUGACAACCUCAACAUCACCUCGCUCACCGGUCGUCUCGUCGGCGGGUCCUUCACCGUCAAGCGCCUCACCGUCGACCUCUGCCGGUCCGGAGCGUCGGCGACGGAGGUGGACCUCAAUAAUGUGACGGUGCUGGAGAGGGCUACGGUGUGCGCGCUGGGCUACGUCCAGAUCAAGAAGUUCAACAUGUCCGCCACGGCCAACGUGUCCAUCUCCUCCACCCAGAGCACCGUCACCCUCGACUACAACUCCUUCUACUCGGGCAGCCUCAACGCGCUGUCGUCGACGGCCAAGGUGUGGAUCGGGGGCAACUGCAGCCUCACGUCCCCCAACACCUCCUACUCCUAUGGCGCCUGCAACCUCAACACUGUGACGGUGGCUCGUGCGAGCGGCUACGUGUCGAUCAAGUCGGGCGACCGCUUCUGCGCGGGGUCGAGCUUCCCCGGCCCGCUGGCGGUGGACCUCACCCGGUCGGCCGGGACCCCGAGCUCGGUGCGCCCCGCCCGCUCGAUCGUGGGCGACCUCGCCCUGCCCAACAAGUGGGCCGCCAAGUGGGAGUGGGGCUACUGGGGCACGGUGACGCCCAACGUGACGGAGAAGACGAUCCAGCUGGUGAGCAACGCGUGGCCCAACAAGGUGUUCUGGCUGGUCCACAACGAGUCGAUUCCGGCCCUGCGCGCGGACGGCGUCUACAGGCUGUCCUUCUCGAUGCGCUUCGACUCGAUGACCAACCAGGCCAGCAACCUCACGCGCCUCAUGGCCACCAUCAUCAACCUCGACACGGCCCCGGCCAAUCUCCAGUAUGCGCCCGCCCUGUGGAACACCUCCAAGACCUAUGCCAAGGCCGAGUUGGGCGGGCUGGUGCCGACGAUCGGCAGGUGGUACAACUACUCGAACAUCAACCUGGUGCCCACCUCGCACUGGGCGCACAAGACCCGCCUGGCGUUCCGCUUCGAGGCCGUCGGCAACACCAACGUCUACAAGAUCUCCUUCAAGGACAUCCGCUUCGAGCUCGUCUCGGCCAACUACGCCACGCCGACGCUUCUUACCAAGGACUCCGAGUUGGUGGUGCUGCCCAGACCCGCCGCUGCGCUCGACGCGAACCCGCAGACCGACUGCCCCCACAAGAAGUCUAACUUGAAGCCGUGGCACUGGGCCAGCACGUGGGGCAGCGCUGGCGUGCCGAAGCCGGGCUCGAUCGUGACCCUGCCCGCCAACUCUUCGGUCCUCAUCUCCGCCUGCUCGCUGCCGGCCGGCAGCGGCAGCGAGCCGGUCUACUUUGAGUCCAUCGUCGUUCCCGCCGGCAGCGAGCUCGUGUUCGCCGACACCGCCAUCGCGCUCAAGCUGCGCACGAUCAAGGUCUCGGGCAAGCUCAGCAUCGGCUCGCCCACCUGCCGCCUCUCGUCGUCCAUCACCCUCACCUUCAAUGGCACCCGAGCGGGCGCCGUCGCCGGAGGCGACAAGGGCAUCUUCUCCUACGUCGGCUCGACGGUGGACAUCCACGGCAAGCAGUUCCACCCGACCUGGACGCGCCUCGCCGCGACGGCGCGCACCCAGGACGACCGCGUCUACCUCCAGGAGGCCGUCAACUGGGAGGUCGGCCAGCAGGUGGUGGUCACCACGACGGUCUACAAGGACAAGGAGGACCCGCAGAACGAAGUGCGCACCAUCGCCGCCGUCUCCUCCAACCGCAAGAUCGUCCAAUUCACCCAGCCCCUCGACUUCACCCACUACGCCGGCCAGGAAUACCAGGCCGAAGUCGCGCUCCUGUCGCGCCGCAUUGUCGUGCAGGGCGACGCAGGCUCAGAGAACGACGAGUUCGGCGCCCAAGUCCGCCGGUUGACGAACCGACUGACCUGGGCUGUGACGGUGGGACCAUCACAGGUGAUGGGCGUGGGUCGAUUCUCGGGCGUGCGGGUGUACCGCGGAGGCCAGAAGAACGUGCUCGGCAGCUACCCGCUCCACUUCCAUCUGGUGGGCAACUGCCCGACGUGCCACAUCAAGGACUGCGCCGUUGAGCGCUCGUUCUUCCGCUGCUUCACCCUCCACCAGACCCACGACGCGCUGGUGACCCGCAACGUGGCCUUCAACGCGUGGGGCCACUGCUACUACCUGGAGGAGGGCGUCGAGGAGAACAACACGCUGUCGAGGCCGCCGGCGGCGGGCAGGAGGGCCAGACCUUCAAGGCCGCGGCCGACCUGCUGCUCCCGGCGGACGUGGCGGCGUCGGCGUCCCACCGGGCUGGCCAGGACCAAUCCGCGCUACGCCAACGUCAAGCCCGACCAACGCCCGGCCCUGAAAUUCGAUGGUAACUCGAUGCACUCGUCGGGUUCGUUCUUUGUGUAUGGCGGCUGCCUGUACGUGGGCGGCAGGCUCUGGUACGACACGGACGGCGUGCAGACCUAUCUGACGGGCCGCGAGGAGCGCCAGACCUACUUCCAGAACGGGACGCAGACGUGGCUCAAGCUGACCAACGUGAAGGCCUUCCUGUGCAACAAGGGCGUCAACCACUGGGGCGACCGGCCAGAGGUGCGCGGCUACGAGGCGCACGACAUUGUGCGCAGCGGCCAGCUGUUCUCGCAGAGUUGGAUGAACAACGCCAUCAUCAACGCCCACAGCAACCACUCGCUCGACUUCCCCAAGAGCAGCGGUUUCCAGUUCUACGACACCUGGUCGUCGGCCAUUCUCAGCAACAUCACCUUCCGCAACUACAAGUCCAUUCCCGGCUACACCGGCGACCCCGAGGCCAACCAGGUCGUCCUGCUCGGCAUGACCCAUAGCGACCAAUACAAGCCUCAGCAAAUCGCGGCUACGACCAACCUGAGGUUCGACAACUGCGACGACUCGAUGCGGGUUCACAUCAAGAACAGAGACACAGGGUCGAGCCGCUACUACUCGAUCCUGGACUUUGACGGCAGCGUGGUGGGCAAGAACGACGGCAAGGCCUACAUCCUGGGCAGCGCCACCACCAACUGGUACAAGUGGAGCUCGGCCUGCUUCCUCAAGAAGGAGUGGAACGUGUGGGCCUGCCCCAAGGGCACCCGCGAGAUCUCCACCCUCAACUUUGCCGUCCCGCGCAACAACUUCAUUGGCAGUCCGGGAAACACGACGCACGUCGGCUACACUGCGCUUUGGGGUCCGGAGUUCACGGAGACCCAGGGCCGCAACACGUCGGCGGCCGUGACCCAGUGGCCCGGCAUCUCGGGCGUCGACGGCACCGGCUGGUACUUCAAGCUGGACAAGGGCGCGCCGCAGUUCCUCCGCGUGGGCGUGGCCAUGCUGAUGACCAACCGCACCGUGUACCUGGCCCUGCCCUACCCGGCCGGCACCACGUUCCAGGUCUACGUCAACUCGACCUGGUGGACCGGCUACCGCCGCAACACGACCCAGGUGGACAGCCCGGCCAAGGUGUGGGCCGGCGACGGCUACAAGUGGCACUUCAACGGCAGGCACCUCUUCCUCAAGCUCCACAACCUGGUGGCGGACCCGAACCGCACGUUCAGGCGCGACGGCGCCCACAUCCUGGGCAUCGAGGACAGCCAGAAGUACGAGAUCACGGCCACCUGCCCCGCGGGCACCACCACGGCCGACGGCUUCUGCACGGUGGCCGACAACUGGCCCACACCCUCGUCCUACUGGACUCCCACUCCUUGA